CCCCAGCACACAUAUUUGCACAGAGAGAGGGUCCUCAGGCCGCCAUGAUGUUGGCCCCUGCCUCCGGGCCCCACCUGCCUCCUUACCUGCUGCUGGCUCUGCUGUUGGGACUCACAGGUGUGUCAGAUGAGACGGAACUGCAGGUGAUCCAGCCCGAGAAGUCGGUGUCUGUGGCAGCCGGACAGACGGCCACUCUUCACUGCACCCUGACCUCCCUGCUCCCCGCCGGGAAGGUCGAGUGGUUCAGGGGGACAGGGCCAGGCCGGGAGUUAAUCUUCAGUUUCAGAGGAGACCCUCACUCCCCUCGAGUAACAAAUGUUUCAGACGCCGUAAGGAGAAACAACAUGGACUUUUCCAUCCGCAUCAGUAACAUCACCCCAGAAGACACGGGAACCUACUACUGUGUGAAGUUCCAGAAAGGGAACCCCGAUGUGGAGUUUAAGUCUGGACCAGGCACCCGGGUCACCGUGAGCGCCAAACCCUCUCCCCCCGUGGUGUCGGGCCCCACGGCCAGGGCCACACCUGAGCAGACUGUGAGCUUCACCUGCGAGUCCCACGGCUUCUCCCCCAGAAACGUCACCCUGAAAUGGUUCAAAAACGGGAAUGAGCUGGCAGCCUCCCAGACCACCGUGGACCCAGAGGGAGACAGCGCUUCCUACAGCAUCUCCAGCACAACCACGCUGCCGCUGACCCCGGGGGACAUUCGCUCCCAGGUCACCUGCGAGGUGGCCCACGUGACCCUGCAGGGGGGCCCUCCUCUUCGUGGGACUGCCAACUUGUCCGAGACCCUCCGAGUUCCACCCACCUUGGAGGUUGCCCAGCAACCCGUGACAGGGGACCAGGUGAAGGCCAUUUGCCAAGUGAAGAAGUUCUACCCCCAGCGCCUACAGCUGACCUGGUUGGAGAAGGGACACGUGUCCCGAACAGAAACGGCCUCGACGGCCUCGACGGCCUCGAACCUCAUAGAGAACAAGGAUGGGACCUUUAACUGGACGAGCUGGCUCCUGGUGAAUUUAUCCGCCCACAGGGAAGAUGUGGUUUUCACCUGCCAGGUGCAGCAUGAUGGGCAGCCCGCGGUCACCAAAACCCAUACCCUUGUGGUCUCUGCCCACCAGAAGGACCAGGAAGCCCAUACGACCCACGAUCGAGAACUGUCCACUCCACUCCUGGUGGCUCUCUUCCUGGGCCCCAAGCUGCUGCUGCUCGUCUCUGUCUCUGCCAUCUAUGGCCACAGGAAGCAAUGGAUUCACUGGUGUCCCGGGAGGAAAACAGCAGCGAGGACAUAGGAGACACGUGGAGAACAUUUCUGGAAUGAUGAGCAGAUAAUGAAAUGUGAACAUGGGUCCACGGCUCCUUCCUUCCUCCCUUGCUACAUGCCAUCCUUGGUCUCUGCUGCCUCCUUCCUUCCCUGAGGGGCCCAGCCUAAGACAAGGAACAACUAGAAGCUUCCACAACCCUGCCCCAGAUGCCUGCUUCCCCAGAGACCCAAAUGCCCACAGUUCCUGCUGUUCCUCCUCAAAGACCUCGAUGCCCCCAGAGCUGGGUCUUCACACCUAUUCCGGAGCAGGGUCCAUGGGAACGUCUGUGGAGACUGACACAUGGAUAUCUUACUAGAAUGAGAGAAGCAAGUCCUGGUACACACACCAGUCUAUCUCUCAUCCAUCUUCUGGGGACGGUGGUCAUGAACUACACAUUCAAGUCCAUGCUCCAACAGGUUAUUCCUGCCAAACCCCCAUCUCCCCAGCCUUGGUAAGGUUCUUCAAUCCCUCUUAAAUAUAAACGAAUCCCAUCUUGGUUUGAAGGGGGAAAAAGGAUCCUACUUCCUCUUUGCCUACCUGCCCUAUCCCUCAAUCCCAGAGAGAAGAUUCCCUCCUCUCCCUGUGAUGGGAACACUGGCUCUUCUGUCACCUUCAUCCUUCCCAACCCCCCUGCUCAUGUACACACGCUGGCAGUACAGAAGACAGGAGCCUUCCUUGAUUUCCUUCUUUAUAUCCCAUUUCAAAUCUGCCUUCCUAAUGUAUGUCCAGCGACCAGACGGUGUUAAACCAUCUACGUCUGGACAGAAAAAGAAGCCCGAUUUGUGGUGCUUGUCCACUUCUGUGGCGUCUACACUCCCAACGUGGCCAAUUUCAAGCUGCCAACAGUGGAACAACUAGCUUGCAAAAUUCUUGGAAAGCUCUCAGGAACAAGCUCUCCUCCUGCCCACCAGGGAGCUCCACCCAGCACCUGCACACUGCUCGCUCCCGGACUACCCCCUGGUCCUGGCCACCAGCAUCCCUUCCUGGACCAUUGCCGCGUCCCUAACAGACUCUCCAGGUUCAGCCACAGUGAUCCUACGGAAACGGAAGUCCGAUUGUGUCCUUCCUCUGUUUCUUCCCCCUACAGAUAUGCAUGGCUCGGUUUCUCCCUCUUUCAAGCUCUCCAGUCAUGUCACUUUAUUAAAAACACUUUCCUUAAACUACCCACAUAAAAUAUCAAUUUCUGUCUCUCACUCUUUGUUCCCACAGCUCAUACUUGAACUUAAUUCUUUUCCUAGAACUUAAGACCAGCCAACAUGAUAAAUGGAGACAGUGCUCACUUGCACAGUGAUGCAGGACCAAACAAUGACGGGUGCAGUUAAAACCAGGCGACGUGAUCUCAACAAUCAGAGGGAAAAGCAACAAUUUUUCUGUGAACUUUAGAAACUUUUUUCAACACAUUGGGAACCCCCAACUGCCACUUAUGAAUGUACAGAGACAUGAAAAGACAGUAAAACUAUUAUCCAUUUGGUAAACACUCAUUUGAAACAUUAGAAACAUUGAAAGGUGGGGCGCCUGGGUGGCUCAGUCAGUUAGGCGUCCACCUCUUUGAUUUUGGCUCAGGUCACGAUCUCACAGUUCAUGGUUUCGAGCCCUUCAUUGGGCUCUGGCUGGAGAGCAGAGAGGCUGCUUGGGAUUUCUCUCUCCCCCUCCCUCUGCUUCUCCCUGGCUUGCUCU